AUGAGUUUGACAAACGGAGAGAACGGGGGGGUGAAACCCUUCAGAAUUUUUGUGGGGUAUGAUCCACGUGAAGACAUUGCUUAUGAGGUUUGUCGCCAUUCCAUCUUGAAGAAAUCUUCGAUCCCCGUUGAGAUCAUACCGAUCAAGCAAUCAGAUCUGAGACAACGUGGCUUGUAUUGGCGUGAAAAGGACCAAUACGAGAGCACCGAAUUCUCCUUUUCGAGAUUCUUGACUCCCAAUUUGGCCGACUAUGAGGAUUGGGCAAUGUUUGUGGACUGUGACUUCCUCUACCUGGCAGAUAUCAAGGAGCUGAGAGAUUUGAUCGAUGACAAGUAUGCUGUGAUGUGUGUGCAACACGACUAUGCACCAAAGGAGACCACAAAAAUGGAUGGGGCAGUGCAAACUGUGUACCCCAGAAAGAAUUGGUCUUCCAUGGUGUUGUACAAUUGUGGUCAUCCCAAGAACCGUGUUCUAACUCCUGACACUGUGAACUCACAAACCGGUGCUUUCCUUCACAGGUUUCAGUGGCUCCAAGAUGAUGAAAUUGGGUCCAUCCCAUUUGUUUGGAACUUCCUUGAGGGGCAUAACAAGGUUGUUGAGAAUGACCCUAGUACUUUCCCUAAGGCUGUUCAUUAUACUCGUGGGGGGCCAUGGUUUGAAGCUUGGAGGAAUUGUGAUUUUGCUGAUCUCUGGCUGAAUGAAAGGGAUGAGUGCCUCAAUGAGGCUAAAAGGGCAAUUACAAAUUAG